CUUAUGUAGCCAGGCUGACCUGGAAUUUACUGUGUAGCUCUGGGCUGGCCUCAGUCUGAACUCUCCUGCCACCAUCCCCUCACUGCUGAGAUUACAGGUAUGCACCACCAUGCCAGGCACCCUAGCAGGUUUCUUAUUCUACGCCAAGACCUGCUGGUAAGUGUGACACUUGAAGGGUCCUGGAAGGGGACAGAACCUCUACCACUUGCCAUCCGAAGAUGUGCCUUAAUAUCCUGUGACAGGUGCCAUCCUUGGCCGCCUUUGGAGAAAACCCAGGCUAGUCAGCUAGGGCUGGAGACUGGAGGGCUGAGGGCAAAAGCUGAAAUCUACCAGCCCUGCCCCUCCUCCCUGGGUAGAGGGUGGGAGGGUCUUUAAGGAGACUUUGAUCCCUGCUGGGCUUCAGCUCCUAGAGGGAGGGGCUCGGAUUACAGCAUCCCCUCCCUGGUUUAACCAGCCCUUCUCCGCCCCUUGGUGACCCUAGUGGUCAGUUGCUCUGAGCUUCAGGGCCUCUGGCCCCUCCCCAGCCCUUCCUCCUCUUCCAUUCCCAGUCCUAGGCUGACCAGAGCCUGUGAGCCACCCACAGUGGUUGGGAGAGGGCCAGCCAGUACUUUGUGGACAGGUUCUGAGAGACCCCAGAAUACCUAUUCAUAUUGCCAGAAAGGAUCAUCAGCUGUGUGCUCUAGCCUUUGGGGGGGAGGUUGGGCCAAAGAGUCACAGAAGAGGGUCCGUUGAGGCCGGGGUAGCAAUCCUAGGCCCAGGACCCUAUCAGGUGGAUGCCUGUGGGGAGUCCUGGCUCCACAAGUGGCUGGUGGCCACACACACCCACCCCCUGGCCCUGUGGUCCCCAUGCCUGCCCCACAGCCUUUCCUGCCUCUGCUCUUUGUCUUCGUGCUCAUCCAUCUGACCUCGGAGACCAACCUGCUGCCAGAGCCUGGAAGCCACCCUGGCAUGUGCCCCAACCAGCUCAGCCCCCACCUGUGGGUGGACGCCCAGAGCACCUGUGAGCGUGAGUGCACCAGGGACCAGGACUGUGCGGCAUCUGAGAAGUGCUGCACCAAUGUGUGUGGGCUGCAGAGCUGCGUGGCGGCCCGCUUCCCGGGGGGUGGCCCAGCUGUCCCUGAGACAGCAGCCUCCUGUGAAGGCUUCCAAUGCCCACAACAAGGUUCUGACUGUGACAUCUGGGAUGGACAGCCAGUUUGCCGCUGCCGUGACCGCUGUGAGAAAGAACCCAGCUUCACUUGUGCUUCUGAUGGCCUCACCUAUUACAACCGCUGCUAUAUGGAUGCAGAGGCCUGCCUGCGGGGUCUCCACCUGCAUGUUGUACCCUGCAAGCACAUUCUCAGUUGGCCACUCAGCAGCCCAGGACCCCCUGAGACUACUGCUCGACCAACCCCUGGGGCUGUCCCCAUGCCACCUGCCCUGUACAACAGCCCCUCACCACAGGCAGUACACGUCGGGGGAACAGCCAGCCUCCACUGCGAUGUUAGUGGCCGUCCACCACCUGCUGUGACCUGGGAGAAGCAGAGCCAUCAGCGGGAGAACCUGAUCAUGCGCCCUGACCAGAUGUAUGGCAACGUGGUUGUCACCAGUAUUGGGCAGCUAGUGCUCUACAAUGCCCAGCUGGAGGAUGCAGGCCUGUAUACCUGCACUGCACGUAAUGCUGCUGGCCUGCUGCGGGCUGACUUCCCCCUCUCUGUUUUGCAGCGGGCAAAUACUCAGGACAGGGACCCAGGUGUCCUGGCCCUGGCUGAGUGCCAGCCUGACACGCAGGCCUGUGUUGGGCCCCCCACCCCUCAUCAUGUCCUUUGGCGAUUUGACCCACAGCGAGGCAGCUGCAUGACCUUCCCAGCCCUCAAAUGUGAUGGAGCUGCCCGGGGCUUCGAGACCUAUGAGGCAUGCCAACAGGCCUGCACCCGUGGCCCUGGGGAUGCCUGUACGCUCCCUGCAGUCCAGGGGCCCUGCCAGGGCUGGGAGCCACGCUGGGCCUACAGCCCACUGCUACAGCAGUGCUACCCCUUUGUCUACAGUGGCUGUGAAGGCAAUGGCAAUAACUUUGAGAGCCGGGAGAGCUGUGAGGACGCUUGCCCUGUACCACGCACACCACCAUGUCGUGCCUGCCGCCUCAAGAGCAAGCUGGCUCUGAGCUUGUGCCGGAGUGACUUUGCCAUUGUGGGUCGACUCACAGAGGUCCUGGAGGAGCCAGAGGCUGCAGGUGGCAUUGCUCGUGUGGCCUUAGAUGAUGUGCUCAAAGACGACAAGAUGGGCCUCAAGUUCUUGGGCACCAAAUACCUGGAGGUGACCUUGAGUGGCAUGGACUGGGCCUGCCCGUGCCCCAAUGUGACAGCUGGCGAUGGGCCUCUGGUCAUCAUGGGUGAGGUUCGGGAAGGUGUGGCCAUGUUGGAUGCCAACAGCUAUGUCCGUGCUGCCAGCGAGAAGCGAGUCAAGAAGAUUGCAGAGCUGCUUGAGAAGAAGGCUUGUGAACUCCUCAACCGCUUCCAAGACUAGCUUUAUCCAUAAUCCCCAUUCUUGCCUGCCUUCCUGCUGAAUAAAUGUCUGUACC